AUGGAGAAGAAAGUGAUUAAGAUAGUGAGAAAUGAUGGGAAGGUACUCGAAUAUAGAAAACCCAUUUGUGUUCAUCAAAUCCUUACGACAAUGAACAAGAAAAAUACCAAGAAAGUGACGUUUGCGGAUCCUGGGGUGGAAGAAGAAGAGGAAGAAAAAAUACCAAGCGAAGAUGAACAUCAUCAUGAUACUGGUGAAAGCAAGAGCAACAGAGAUGACAAUAAAAGCGUGAGUGUUGUGAGAGUGAAGAUCGUUGUGCGUAAGCAAGAGUUGGAGAAGGUGCUUCAAGGAGGGUCGGUCCAUGAGAUGAUGUACCAGAGUCUUGAGAAACAAGAUUUGCAUAGUGAAGAUGAUGAUCAUCUUGAAUCUCAAGAGCUAGUGGCUAAGGAUAGAAGUAGAGAGAUUGUGCCGUAUCAUCCACCUUUCAAUUUGGAUCCUGAAGAAGGUAGUAAACCAUCUGCACGAAGGUGGAGAGAUGGUAGUUUGGAGGUUGAUCCGCCAAUGAUGCAGCUUAAAGAGCUUUUCAUUGUCAAUCAUUUUAUUGUGAGCCAAGCCAAUCCUCACAAUGCUCCAUUACACCGUGACCGUAUAAAGGAUCUGGUUCGAGCUUCUGGUGGUAGAUUCGCUGCCAAGAAUUAA